UUUUUAACCCAAUUCCUCUUCCCCCCUACCUAUACUCACCUUCACCGAGACAUCAAAAGCAGAGGUGAUCGUUCAGAGCACCGAAGAUCAUGGCAGCGGCAGCAUCAGCAUCAGCGAAACAAACCCUAGCUUCUCCUUUAUAACGUUCUUCUCUCUCUCUCUCUCUCCCUCUUCUCCAAAGAAUCAAAUUUCAGAAUUACACGAUUUGAUUUCAAUCAAAGUUAAAAACUCCAAUAACCCAGAACCAGAUUAUCCUCUCCCACCCAAAAAAGAUAAAAAAUGGACGGAAAUCAAGGGGCUGAGUCAACCUCCGGCGACCUGAAGAGCCCACUGCUACCAAUCCAAGAUCCCACAGAGAGUUCAUCGCCGGACAUCCAUUGGUCUCUGACAUCAAUUCUCACAACCAACAAUCUCUUCAUCCUCUUAGGACCUCUUUCCUGCGCAGCCAUUAAGCUCUUCGUGGAGCUUGAUGGGUCCAAACCCGGCACUAGCAGAGACAUGCUUGCCGUGCUUGCCUGGAUUUUCCUCUGGUGGGUCACCGAAGCAGUACCCAUACCAGUAACCUCUAUGUCUCCUCUGUUCCUCUUCCCACUCUUUGGAAUUGCUCCCGCCGAUGAUGUAGCACAGACUUACAUGGACGAUGUCAUCGCUCUCGUCCUCGGUAGCUUCAUUCUCGCUCUCGCCGUCGAACACUAUAACAUCCACCGAAGACUUGCCUUAAAUAUAACGUUGUUGUUCUGCGGAGAUCCAUUGAAGCCAAGGUUGUUGCUAAUCAGGAUUUCAAUACAAGAAACGAAGUGCGGAAGAAUCGAAAAAUAGAUGAUUUGGUCAAAGGCGACGAUGGUGGGAGCACUUGGAGGGUCACGGAGGUGGAGAGUGAGAUCUCCGGUGGGGGAGGAGGAGUGGUUCGGUGAGUUUGGGGAAAUUCAGAAAAAAGGCCAA